GAGUGAUAAAAAUUUGUGCAAAAUAUGCGAGAUUUGCGGCGAUAAUGGAAAUGGCCGCAACUUUGGUGCCAUUACUUGUGAACGAUGUAAAGAGAAAUGGUCUCAAGAAUAAGCUUAUGUAUUGUCCAUCAAAUGGCAAAUGCAUUAUAAAUCCAUUAAUGAGACAAUUGUGCAGAAAGUGUAGACUUGAUAAGUGUUUUGCUGUGGGAAUGAAAAAGGAAUUAAUCCUAAAGAACGAUAAAAGUGAUAGACAAAAGCAAUUGACAAUUAAAAAUACAAUAAACCAAAAGGGGUUGGAAGAGAAUCUUGAUAUUAAUUUACAAAAUAACACAUUAUUUAAUGAAACAUUUAUUGAAAUUGAUUUGAAUCACAAUCUCAUUGAUUAUGUGUUAAAUUCAAACAUAAGUUACGAGCAAAUUAUAUCACACGAAUUACCAAUUAUUCCCAUAAGCAGUGGAUUAACAGAUUAUAACGGAUUAAAACAAUUGGAAAUCAAUCGGAUAUCAGAGCUGAUGAGGGCAUCGGUUGUAUUCAAUUAUCCUUUGAUUAGUAACGGCUUAACGUAUAAAAUAGAGAAUUUGGAGCAAUUAAUGAGAGAUUUUUCAUAUUUGGAUGAAAAUCUCAUAACAGAUAUAAUAAGUUUCACAAAAGGUUUGAUGGGUUUCAACAAUAUGUGUGCCGACGAUAGGUUAGCAUUAGUUAAGUACAACACCAAAGAUCUCAUCUCUAUCUCUACUCUAAGACAUUAUGAUAGAGAAACGGGAAGUUUUAUAACACCAAUAGGUAAUAAUCAUGCUCUACAGCUCGAUUUGAGGGCAAUCACACUGUUUAACCCAAAUCAACCAAAUUUAAUGCAUAGAAAUGCUGUGAAACUCGAACAACAACUUAGAUAUGAUUUUUUCAAUGUUAAUAAUAAUCCCUACAGAAAAUACUUCGGACCUCUUAUGCAAGAACAUGUAUGA